AUGGUGGGGAGGAGUAUUGAGGUUUUGAUUGCGGCGAGAGUUUUUCAGGGGGUUUCUGGGGCGAUUGUGUGGACGAUUGGGUUGGCGUUGGUGAUGGAUACGGUUGGGAGUGAGAAGUUGGGGGUGACGGUGGGGAGUAUUUUUAGUUUUAUAAGUGUGGGGGAGUUGGUGGCGCCGGUGUUGGGAGGUGUGGUUUAUGAUAAGGUGGGAAGUGAGGCGGUUUUUGGAAUGGGGAUGGUAUUGUUGGGGUUGGAUUUUUUGAUGAGAGGGGUGUUGAUUGAGAAGAAGGUUGCGAGGAUGUAUUGUGUUGAGGAGGGGGGAGAAGAGAGUAAUGGUGAUGAGACGGAGAGUGAUGGGAUGGAGAGAAAUGAGAAUGGUGAACAAGAAGAAGAUGCACCAUUAUUGGGAAAUGGAAAGGAUACCGAUAUCGAAUCAUGGAGAAUCCAAAAAGAACUACCGGAAUAUGUCCAGAAAUUCCCAAUUCUAUUUCUUCUCUCCUCGCCCAGAUUACUUACCGCCGAAUUAGUAGCAUUCAUGCAAGCGAUUAUCCUUGCUGUAUUCGACGCUACCAUCCCCACACAAUCACAAUCACUAUUCGGAUUUUCAGCUCUAAAAACCGGUCUACUCUUCACACCCCUAGUUCUCACAUCCUUAACCUUCGGACCCAUCGCCGGCAUGGGAGUCGAUAGAUACGGACCCAAAAUCAUCGGAACAGCGGGUUAUACAUUUUUCAUCCUCCCACUUAUCCUCCUCCGUCUACCCGUCGAAAAUACCACGCAUGAUCUCGUAACUUUCUGUAUCUUGCUCUCGCUGUGCGGACUCGGUUUGUCUAUGAUCGGUGCACCGAGUAUAGUGGAAGCCUCAUUCGUAGCGGAGAAAUAUCAUUCUGCGAAUAGGGAGUUGUUUGGAGAGGAAGGUCCAUAUGCGCAAUUAUAUGCGUUGAAUAGUAUGGUUUUUAGCGCGGGGUUUACGAUUGGGCCUGUGAUUGCGGGGUUGUUGAGAGAUAGUGUUGGGUAUGGGAAUAUGAAUGCUGUGGUGGCGGGAAUGUGUGCUGUGGUUGCGAUGUUGUGUUUUGGGUUUUUGGGGGGUUCGCCGGCUUGGUGUGUGAAGAGGUAG